AUGGCAAUCUCCAGCCAUGCCUCGUUAAUUCCUAAUACUGACUCGUCGGGUGACAGCGAUCGUAGUGGACUACUUCAAAAGCGAGGCAGGAUGCCCAAAACGUACGUCAACAAGCCAGUGAAGCAACCAUUCAUCCCGAUUAUAACUCAGGUGUCCCAUGUGACUCGUACAACUUCUACAGCCGCUGUAGCUUCUACAGCAGAGUCGUCAAUAGAAUCAAAACCCACUCCAGCACUUAAAAAACUAAUGGAUACGACACAAAAAGAAAUUGAGGAUUUAAACCAAGAAAUCAUGGCAUUGAUACAAGUGAGACAAGGCCUUGAGACCAAGCUUGGAGGAUAUGAAGAAAGUCACAGUAAAGCAGAGGAGCGAAUGUCGGCAAUCAAAGAUAAACUUUUAAAGGAACCAUCCUACUUUUUACAAAAAGAUCUUAUGCAGAAAUACCAUGCUCAGGGUCAAAUCAUUAAGGAUUGGGAAGAUCUAAUUGAAGCUAUAGGUAAAAAGAUAUUAGAUGUCUUGAGUAAACUCGAAUCAAAGAUGGCCAUGAAGCUUAGACUUGAAUCAGAAGUUCGUGCCGUAAAACUCCAUUUUUCAGUAUAG